AUGACCCUGAUAGCAUCAUUAAAUCGAGCGAUGGAGUUUUUGGAUAAUUUCAACGAAGAGCAAGACGGGCUUGAGGUAUCACUACGUUUAGAGGAUCUCAACGAGCUUCGACGACAAUUGGAAGAGGUACAAUGCACGCUAGAAGAGAUGGAAAUGAGCGAAGAAGACAUUCAGAAGUUCCAUUAUCUUAGAGCAGCAGUGAAGGGUGAAGCAGCUCAAUUAAUCAAAUCCGUUGAUAUCAGUGCCGCUGAUUAUGCCAGUACGUGGGACACCUUAGUAAAUCGCUACUCAAACGAAUAUCUAAUGAAGAAGAGACGUCUACAAGCAUUGUUUGAUAUACCCCGCAUGGAACGGGAAACCGCAGCAGAUCUUCACGCGAUUGUAGACGUUUUCGAGAGGCAUGUCAAAGGAUUGAACCAAAUGGGAGAACCGACUGAGGCAUGGAGCACAAUUUUGGAGCAUUUAUUAUGCACGCGGCUCCACGAUGACACUCUUAAAGCUUGGGAAGAUCAUGCGUCAACAAUUAACCAACCGACAUACAAAAAUCUCGUCGAUUUCCUGCACAGAAGAAAUCGUGUUCUAGAGUCCAUCUCAGUAAAUCAUCAACAGACACCACCAACCUCACUUGUAUGCUCUCAGGUGUCAACGUCAAAACCUGUAGGUCAAGGAAAUCGGCCCAAUUCCACUCACAGUAGCUCAAUGCUUAAAUGCCAUGCUUGCGAUCAACGACAUCCUCUUUUGAAAUGUUUCAAAUUCGGUAAAAUGUCAAUUGACGAGCGAUUAAACGUCAUUAACUCAAAACGAUUGUGCUUGAACUGCUUCCGUAGCACUCAUUAUGCCAGAGACUGUCCUUCGCCAGACAAUUGUCGCGUCUGUGGAAGGCGUCACCAUACCAUGAUUCAUCCGGCUUAUGAUGAAAACUACUACCGAGUUGCCCAAGACCCAAGGUCAUAUAGGUCGGAACAGGCGAAUCAGGCCUAUGUACAUGCUACUCAAUGUGAACAAGACACUGAGGAUCCGGUUUUAACUGCUGCUACUACUACCAACCAAAUCGAUAAAAUAUGUUGCUAUCCAGUAAAGAAACGUGCGACGAAUAUAGUUUUACCCACUGCGAUAGUAAUAAUCGUUGAUUGUUAUGGAAAAGAGCAUUUCGCGCGGGCGAUUCUCGACUCCGCGUCGCAAGCCAAUUUGAUAACUGAAAAUAUGGCUCAACUUUUACGACUUCGGCGCACUAAAACAAACAUGAUUGUGAGCGGGGUUGGGAAUAAUACCAAGCUGGUAACAGAGUCUGUCACUACAGAAAUCCGUUCCAGAAAGAAACACUUCGUAACCAACAUAAAUUUUAUUGUCAUGGAGAAAAUUAUUCCGAAGUUACCCGGUCAAAGCUUUUCCAUUGACCACUGGAAAAUUCCGAAGGAUUUAUUCCUAGCUGAUCCCGAAUUCAACAGAAGCAGCACAAUCGAUCUACUGAUAAGUAAUGAACAUUUCUUCACGUUUUUCACGUCCGCUGCCAGAUUACAACUUUCCGAGUCGUUGCCACCUUUGGUCGAUAGCGUUUUCGGAUGGGUCGUGUCGGGUCCCGUGAAUGCCAGUGAGGUUCCAAGUAAAGUGCUUUCGUGCAACGUACUCGCCACGUCAGUGGAAUCGCUCGAGGAAAAGCUGGAAAGAUUCUGGAAGAUGGAAGAAUUGUUAGUUAGAUCCGAUUAUUCGCCACAGGAGAAGGAAUGCGAAAAAUUCUACUCUCGAACAGUCUCUCGAAUGCCGAACGGACGGUAUAUAGUUCGACUGCCACGACAUUCUAAUUUCAACAUGAUGCUAGGUAGUUCGAAAGAAACGGCCAAAAAACGGUUUGAAUUGCUUGAGCGAAGGUUGGCUAAGAAUUCAAAAUUGAAGCAAGAUUAUCAUCAAUUCAUGGAGGAGUAUCUUGCUCUCGGGCACAUGCGUAUCAUUGAAGACGAGGAACUCGAGCCACCGAGUUUAUGUUAUCUGCCACAUCACCCCGUCAUCAAGGCAUCAAGCACUACCACUAAAGUAAGGGUGGUAUUUGAUGCAUCGGCAAAAACUACGUCUGGGCUCUCACUCAAUGAGGCAUUACUCGUAGGUCCCGUAGUACAAGAUCCUUUGAUUGCUAUUAUACUGCGAUUUCGAACGUAUCCCGUGGCUUUAGUAGCUGAUAUCGAAAAAAUGUACCGCCAAGUUUUGCUGCAUUCUGAAGACACCGCAUUACAACGUAUUUUUUGGAGGUUUCAAGCGAACCAGCCGAUUAAAACAUGUGAAUUGCUAACCGUAACGUACGGAAUGGCACCCUCUUCCUUCUUGGCCACGCGGACACUUCAGCAACUUACUAAGGAUGAGGGACUUGCUUACCCGCUCGGGUCCAACGCUUUGCAAAAGGGUUUUUACGUCGACGACUUCAUCGGAGGAGCGGCGACGACUGCAGAAGCAAUAAGUGUGCGGGACGAACUCAUUGAACUUCUCGCAAAAGGAGGGUGCUGUUUACGAAAAUGGGUAUCAAACGACCAACGAGUGCUGAAUGGUCUAACUUCAAGCCAAGUAGCUGCACCUAUUGAACACCGAUUUGAUAGGGACGGAACGGUUAAAACUCUAGGCGUAUGUUGGGAGCCACAAAGAGACACUCUUCGUUUCGACUCUGAAGUACAGCAGAAAUCUGUUCAUCCAACAAAGCGAUCAAUUCUCUCCGCCAUAUCCCAAUUGUUUGACCCCUUAGGACUAGUUUCACCGGUGAUAAUUCGCGCUAAAAUAUUAAUGCAACAGCUUUGGUCGCUAUCUGGUGGCUGGGAUGACAAAGUUCCAAAUCCGGUAAAAGAUAAAUGGCAAAAUUAUAUGCUACAGUUACGAAAGCUUUCCGAAUUCCGCAUAGCUCGCUAUGCUUUAUUACCAAAUUCAAAAUUGCAAUUGCAUACCUUCGCAGAUGCUUCGGAAAAGGCUUACGGUUGUUGCGUCUAUGCACGAUCAAUCGAUGAACAAGGCAAUAUUCGAGUUCAAUUGUUAACAUCCAAAUCACGCGUGGCGCCUUUAAAGCGUGUAACACUCCCCCGCCUGGAACUGUGUGCAGCAGAUCUAGCUGCUAAGCUACAUAACUGUGUAGUCCACGCUCUUAGCUUGAAUGUGACAUCAUCUGACUUUUGGUCGGACUCAAUGGUAACACUACAAUGGCUAAAAUCCGAACCUAGCACAUGGAAAACCUUUGUCGCCAACCGAGUAUCAGAAAUUCAAUCUCUUACGCAGGGUUCCUCAUGGCAUCAUGUGGCAGGCAAACAGAACCCAGCUGACUUAGUAUCGAGAGGAGUUGAAGUUGAUGAUUUUCUAUCAAAUAAGUUAUGGACCAAUGGACCUGAUUGGCUCGUGUUACCCGAGAACCAGUGGCCGGUUUCAGUCAUCCCCGAAUAUCCAGAAGCAGGAAAUGAACGCCGAAGAGAGCAAGUGGUGGCGUUGCAUAUUGCCUUCGGUUCAUCCAAAACGUACGAGUUAAGACUAGAUCGCGAUCAGGUUCUGCGAUUAGAGAAUCACCUAGCCAACUGUUGA